UUCACCAUCAACUACAACGCAAAGCAAAGCAAAGUGAAGCCUGUCUGCUGUUUUUUUUUUUGAGCCCUGUGCUGCCUGCCUUUUGAUCUCUUUCUCUCUCGCCCUAUCACGUCGGCUCACAUACACACAGACACAAAUACUCCUCUCUCUGACUCUCAGUCUUGAGCAUUUCCAUUGCGCCUUCGCCUUGCCUUCGUCUUGGUCUUGGUGAGAAGCCGCAGCCAAAAGGCACGUAAACUGGUUGUCGUCGUUAUUGCCCGUACAGCAAGCAAAAGCAGUGUCUCGUCUCGUCGUGGUCGGCGUGGCGUGCCCGUAGUUUGUUUUUUCUGCUGUUGCUCUUGCCGCUCUCUGUUUUAGUCUUGGUGUAGCGCUUGAGCUGCGCGAGUCGGACCUAUCACCAACCAACAUCAACAAUAAUAAAGUGAACAUCAUGAGUAGCAGCAUGGAUCUGGCUUACAAUGCGUCAUCAUCAUUAACGGCUUCGCCGCCGCUCCCGUCCGCCUCCUUUACGUUUACCAACACCGCCAAGCUGCCAGUUGAGACAGUCAAGCGUCUCAUUGCGGCCGUCUCGCGUCGCCCAGUGCUCUGGUUGCGAAACAAUGCGAGCGGCCAAAAGCGUAGCGAUAUUACGCCAAUUUGGUUUGACGUCGGCAAGGAUGUUAAUUUGCCAGCUGACGUUUGCCGGGUCAAAUGGGGACAUCUGCGGGACAAUUUUCGCAAGGUGUACAUACGCAACAAUCUGUCGAAUGAAUCGCCCUCCUCAUGGCGCUUCUACAACGACAUGCGAUUUAUGGAGCAUGCUGUGCAUGAGAAUAUCCUGCGUCAGUCACGCACUCGGGGUGGUGGUGGUGGUGGUAGCAACAACCACAAGAAACGUGUAACACCGCCAAUUUCCCAUUGGACAGAGAACAACAAUCUGAUACUGGAUCAUGGGGGCAUGAAAUUUGAGCCCAUGGUGGCCACCGAACCCAUUUGUGAGCUGAGCGACAGCUACGACUCAGAGUUGCAUCAACCGAGUUUCUCGGACAUCAGCUCGUUCUUCGAGGAUCGUGAUUGCAAGCCAGCUCGCAACAAACGUGUUAAACUGGAAGCCUGCAAUGGUGAUGUGAAUAGUGAAGAACUGAACGACGAUGACUUUGAUGAGGAUGCUGCCUCAGAGAUUGAUGAGGAUGGCAACAAUCAGCAUAAACAGCAUAGCGACAGUUGCACACCAGAUCCCAGUCUCUUUACUAUCGAAGUGCUGGACGAUGACGAGGAAAUGGCGUUGCCCAUAAGCAAAAGCAAGCCAAGCAAAUCCAAUAACAGCAGCCUCAAAAGUGAACCCGAUACGAAGCCACCUCAGUUGCAGUUGCAAUCGCAACACCCUACAUCCGAUUUGCCUUUCAAGUACAUCAGCAUGGAUGCUGCCACAAACACCGAGGCAUCGAGCAUCGCUGACGCGGCCGAUGACGCGGAUCGCAUGUUCCUGUUGAGCCUAAUGCCAUUCCUGCAGCGUCUCGACGAGCGUCGCAAGCUACGCGUGCGUCAAAAGCUCCAAAAUGUGCUAAUCGAGGAGUUGGAAUUUGGCUGACAGCCAAGUCGGCGGCGCAACGUUGAACAUAAUUUUAUGGUACAUUUUAAGCUUAGCUUACAGUAUUAAAAUCUUCAACAAAAUGACUGACAAAAAGAAGACACACACACUCUCACACGUUCGCUCUCUCACACACACAUACAUAGUACAUAUGUACAUAGAAUGUAAUCAGUUUUCUAGCAGUAACAAAAAUACAGAAAAAUCUACG